UCCAUGGCCACCUCCGCCCUCGCCACCCUCUCGGCCACCGCCGCCGCCGCCGCCGGGAUCAAGCGCGCCCUCCUCACGCGCCCCUCCUCCACCCUCUCCUUCGCCUCCCGCCGCCUCUCCUCCGCUUCCCCCCUCCGCGCGGCCCCGCUCCGCAACGCGCCGACGCGGGCCGCGUCUGCGACCGCGGCCCCGCCCGCGGCGCCCAUCGCGGUGGGCGACCGGCUCCCGGACGCGACGCUCUCCUACUUCGACGCCCCCGACGGCGAGCUGCAGACGGUGACGGUCCGCGAGCUCACGGCGGGCAAGAAAGUGGUCCUCUUCGCGGUCCCGGGCGCCUUCACGCCCACCUGCACCCAGAAGCACCUCCCGGGGUUCGUGGCCAGGGCCGGGGAGCUCCGCGCCCGGGGCGUUGACGCCGUCGCCUGCGUCUCCGUCAACGACGCCUUCGUCAUGCGCGCCUGGAAGGACAGCCUCGGCGUCGGCGACGAGGUGCUGCUGCUCUCGGACGGCAACGGGGAGCUCACCCGCGCCAUGGGCGUCGAGCUCGACCUCUCGGACAAGCCGGUGGGCCUCGGCGUGCGCUCCAGGCGCUACGCGCUGCUGGCCGACGACGGCGUCGUCAAGGUGCUCAACCUCGAGGAAGGCGGCUCCUUCACCAACAGCAGCGCCGAGGACAUGCUCAAGGCGCUCUGAAC